AGUUCCGAUGUGUCUCGCCCCUGCCAACUCAUUUCGCGUCCUGUGCUAUUAGUCGCUGUUUGCUAGAGUUUUUCUUUACACUGUUUCCAUUGAUAAUCACCAACGCUCAGUGCUGUUAUCUUGAUGUAACGGCGAUGUAGGCAAGUUUUAUGUAAACCUUUUUUUUUUCAUCUCGUAGUGUCAUCGGCCCGUAUCCUGUGUCGUGUAGUUAGAAGUGCCUCACCGUACAGUUUUAGUAGUUCCGCUGCGCGCCGCCGCCCUUUUCGGCACUUCCAUUUUUGCGGAGAACCUCUUCGUCUAGGACAAUCUCGCCUAGUUCAUUCUUCAAAGAAAUAAUAAAAAAAGUAGCUGCCGUGUUUUGCUUCCCAUCGCACGUACACAUACACAUACACAUAUAUAUACACUACCUGUGGGUGAUCCUCUUUAUUAUUAUCUGUUGACGCCCAUCAUGAAAAACGAUUCCGACGGCUUUGCCGAGCAGGCGCCGCGUCACGCGAACCCGCAGCCCCGCACUGUGAAGCCAUCGCCCAAGGUCUUCGCCGUAAGUCGCGCGCCCGCCGCGAACCUCGGCUCCUCCAUGAACCCGGACGUGCACUCGUACGGGGCGUGGGAGAGCGUCACGUCGGACGCCAAUCCAAUGUCGCCGACGCUGCAGGAGGUGAAGUACAUCACGCCGCAGGUGCGGCAGUUUGGCACCGGGCUCAGCGCGCACGGCUCCACCAACGAUCUGGCGGCCCACGAAGACGCAAAGACGGACGGCGAGGUCGACGCGGACAAGGACGCGGUGACCGAGUUCGAUCUCGUGGCCUACUCGAAGGAGGAUCACACACACACACUGCAGAAGAGCAUCAUGAGCCGCAUGUUCUCCGCCUUCGACGUGACCCAGCUCGGCUACCUCGACUCGGCGAAGGUGAAGGAGUUCUGCGCCUACGCCGGUCGCAACAUGACCUUUGAACAGAGUGAAAAUAUGCUGGCGGACCUGAAGAGCAUCGAUGAUAACAUCACCUUUGAGGUGUUCUGGAACUGGUGGGUUUCGCACCCUAACACGAAGAUGACGAAGGAAACCUUCUCCCUCGUCUCGGCCGACUUCUCCGUCCCCUACCACCAGCAGCAGCUGAAGGUGAAGGAGGAAGGCGAGAUCUUCACUCCCAGCUACCGCGUCAAGUACUACUUCAAGGACCUCGAGAACGGCUACCGACGUCAGGUCAGUCCCUGGCACGACGUCCCCCUCUACGUGCGGGAUCCCGUGCGCACGAAGCCGGAGCACAUCCGCGCGAACCGAUACAACUUCGUGUGCGAAAUUCCCAAGUGGACCCGCGCGAAGUUCGAGAUCGCCACCGGCGAACCGUUCAACCCGAUCAAGCAGGACAUCAAAAACGGUGUCCCGCGCUUCUACAAACACGGUGAUAUGAUGUGGAACUAUGGCGCCUUCCCGCAGACGUGGGAGAGCACUGAGGUCAUCUUUGAAGACGGCGUGAGCGGCGACAACGACCCGAUUGAUGGUGUCGAGAUCGGUAUGCGCCAGCUGCGUGUCGGCGAAAUCCACCCCGUGAAGAUCCUCGGCGUGCUAGGCAUGAUCGACGAUGGUCAGAUGGACUGGAAGGUGAUCUGCAUCUCCGUGAACGACCCGAUCUCGCGCUUUAUGAAAGACAUCGAUGAUGUGCCCAAGUUUCUCCCCGGCUGCCUCGAUGCGUUGCGCGAGUGGUUCCGUGUGUACAAGAUCUGCCAAGGCGGGGUCGAGAACAAAUUCGCCUUCAACGGUGAGUACAAGGACAAGUCGUACGCGAUGAAGGUGGUGGAUGAGUCGCACUACAUGUGGGAGAACCUUCGCAAAAUUAAAGGCAAGGAGAAGGUGUAG